AGGCCAUGGUUUCAUUUCCAAAACCCAAUUCCCACGGAUCAUCGCUCUCACUGGCCCCAGAACCCUAACCUCCCUCUCCACCAUGGCCUCCUCCCUCCUCCGCUCCGGCCAGCGCCUCCUCCGCCACCACCGCGGCCGCCUCCCCGCGCCCUUCUCCGCGGCCGCCGCCGAGGAGCUCAUCGACGUGCGCAAGCUGCCCACCGACUACGACCCCUCCACCUUCGACCCGACCGCGCCGCCGUCCCGCCCGCCGCCCUCCGACCGCGUCUGGCGCCUCGUCGACGACGUCUCCGCCCUCACCCUCGCCGAGGCCGCCGAGCUCUCCGCCCUCCUGCUCCGCCGCCUCGACAUCCCCUCCGCGCCGCCCAUCGCCAUCCUCAACUCCGCCGCGGGCCUCGGCGGCGGCGGCGCGGCGGCCGCCGGCGCGGCCGGCGACAAGCCGGCGGCCGCGGCCGAGAAGACGGUCUUCGAGCUGCGGCUGGACUCGUUCGACGCGGCCAGCAAGAUCAAGGUGAUCAAGGAGAUCCGGACCUUCACGGACCUCGGGCUCAAGGAGGCCAAGGAGCUGGUGGAGAAGGCCCCCGCCGUGAUCAAGGGAGGGCUGUCCAAGGAGGAGGCCGAGAAGAUCGUCGAGCGGAUGAAGGCCCUCGGCGCCAAGGUCGUCAUGGACUGAUCAGCCCCUGCAUUUCGAGGUACUGUUGAAUGUAUGAACCAUAUGAUUACCACGGUUGAUUGCUGCGAGCAUUGUGGUAUUUGGCAGUGUCAAUUGAACCUUUUCAGGUUCAAAGUUUUUCAUAAUGCUGUAUUCUCUUAGUUGCCUCUCACUCCUAUUUUGUUGAUGAAUUUUCUAUCUCUAAUACGAAAUGUGGAAUAAAAUAUUUUAAAAGAUGAGAUAAGAAACAUGCGCUGAAAUGACUUCUGACCGCAAUUGAGCUGCCUUUUAUUGAUUUUGGACUGAAGUUACACUUUGGCUGGCAUGCAUUUGGUUCCUUGUUAGAUGUACUGUGGUGCUUGCAGUGUGGCAAAAAAUUCAAGUUUGGUGUAAUGUGGUGACCAGUUAACCAAUUACAGAUUUGUACAACGUAUUAUGCAGUUCUCCAGCAAAUUCUUCUCUUUAUGUAUACAUUCACAUAUCUCGGAGCAAAACGGUAGAAAUAAACUCCUCUCCACAAUGCCUCAGAUGCUAAAAAGAAAGAGUACUGCCACUGGAUAAGUUCCUUUUGUUGUUUCAUGUCGAGUAGCUAGCCUGAGAUAGGAUCAAAGCAGUCUGGCAUAAUGUGCAGUUUCAAAACAGUCUGAGAGGCAGAAAACUGGGGUCAACAGAACUGGAGCUGCUUCCCAGACUGUUCAGGAUGCUAGCUACUCGACAUGAAACAAAAGGAACACACGUACUAGUAAUUUGCUGCUGCUGCUGUAAUUAUCACUGUAAUUAUCCUUACACGGACUACGCGGACCCUAGAGGUGGUUAUCGCUGUCUCCGUUAUCUGCUUAACAUCUCACUCCUGUAGGAAACAAUCAUCAAUGCUGAAAUGGGUGAUUAGUUGAUCUUCCGCUGAUUGGUUCAACACAUGCAGGUCAAUCCGGGGGAGUGUUAUUUUAAGUAAACGAACCAUCCAUGAAAAAAGGAGGGGGCACCUAAGAAAUAAUUUAGAGGCCAACGACCUGUUGGUGUAGGGGCCCUGCUGGAGAUGCUCUAAGAAAACAAAUGACACAACUUGCCUCAUAUGCUGGUGUAGUACUACUAGUAGCUGUUGCUUCCUCUGCUAAAAAUGCAACCGAUUCAUCAACCAUAAGAUAGACACAACUUGCCUUACCCGUUGACCUCCUAACCACGCACCUCAGCCUUACUUGGCAGUCCCAUCUACAUCUCGACCAGCUAAUCCCUGACCUCCUUUCUUGGUGUGCUAUAUCUGGCGACUCCAUUCUUCUAUGCGGCUGAACAAGAAGUGGUUAUUGAUUGCUGUCAAGAUUUGAGGUUGAGCCAGCUUGCAUUUGGUUGCGGAAAUAUUAUUUACCUGCAGAUCGACCGAGCCACUACAGUUCUUGUUUACCUGGCAUCGCAGCAGGUAGUUCAAUGACAUGUUCACCAAUGGUAAAAUAGAUACUGCUAACCUACGGUAGCUCCUAACCACACUGCUCAGCCUUACUUGGUCACCCCCUGCCCAUCUGGACCAACUAGUCUUGAUCUCUUUUCUUGGUGUGGUAUUCCGGCGACUCCACUCUUCAUUGCGGUUGAACAAGAAGUGGCUGUUGAUUUCUGUCAAGGUUUGAGAUCUAACCAGCUUGGUUGCGGAACUCCUGGGUGCAUUGUUGGUCAGGGAACUUGGUCUGUGGUGUGCCGCUCUCCUGUCUGCAGAUCGGCCGAGCUAACUACAGUUCUUAUUUACCUCGCAUCGCAGCAGGUAAAUCUUUUGAGCUAGUUUGGUUGUCUCAGAGUACGAUGGCAUGGUUCACCAAUGAGCUGACUUUUGAAAGAUGUAAACGCUACCACAUAGAUGGAACAGAUGCAGAUGUUUUAUGUCUGAAUGAACGUGCGGCACAAACCAAAGAUCGAGCGACUGCGAUGGAGGCCAUGGUGAGCGCCCCCCACGGCGCCGUGCAGAUCCUGUUGCGGAAGCUCGGCAACGUCCUCGCCACCAAAUAUGUGCUUCUCAGCGGCGUUCGUGGGGAGAUCCAGGUGCUCAAGGACGAGCUCGAGAGCAUGACCGCCUGCCUCCUCGAGCUCGCCGAUAGAGAUGAUCACAACGAACAAAUCAGGAUUUGGAUGAAACAGGUGAGGGAGGUCGCGUUUGAUGCGGAGGACUGUAUGGACAGGUUCUGUCGUCACCUCAGCGAGCACCAUGGAGAUCGACAAGGACUCCUGGAAUACUUGAAUAGAAUGUUCAACAUUGUGAGGACAUUGAGGGUACGACAUAAGGUGGCCACUGAUAUCCAGUGCCUCAAAUCUCGUGCCCAGGAAGUCAGUGACCGGAGGCUCAGGUACACGUACACUCUAGGUGACUCGGAUGGACGGUCGGGCAGAGCGCUUUAUACUUACAGCCACAUCGACAGCCUGGACCGCUGGUUACCUGCAAUCCAUGGUGACAGGUCCGGGCUAGUCGGGAUGGGCAAAAUGACUGAUGCCAUGGUCGGGCUGCUCAACAAGCAACGCCAGGCAGCGGCGGGUCCCCGAGUGCUGUCUAUAGUGGGGUUCGGUGGCCUCGGCAAGACCACCCUUGCGACGACUGUCUACAACACCCCAAAGUUGGGUGGUAUCCAGUGCCGCGCUUUCGUUUCGGUGUCCCAGACAUACGACCUUCGUUCUCUUCUAGAGUCCAUGCUGAAGCAGCUUUUGGCUUCGUCUGAGAAAGAUAAAAAUGAUGAUCCCCUCAAGAACAUUAAAGACUGGGAAAUAAGUGAGUUAGUCGACAAGAUUGGAAAACAUUUGGAUGCCAAGAGGUACUUGAUCGUUCUGGACGACGUUUGGAGAGCAGCUGCAUGGGAUCAGCUAAAAGUAGCUAUUCCUCAUGAUAAUAAUAAUAAAGUGGGCAGCAUAAUAAUUACUACACGCAGUCAUGAGGUAGCCGAAAGUUGCUGCACCUCUUCCAAUGACCAUGUCUAUGCAAUGAAGCGGUUACAGGAGGCUGAUUCACAGAAGCUAUUCUUCAAGACGGUGUUUAAUUCAGGGGAAUGUCCGACCGACCUGCUGAGAGUCUCCAAGGCCAUAUUGUCAAGGUGCAACGGCCUACCUCUAGCUAUAGUGAGCAUAGGGCGAAUGCUAGCUCGGAGGCUAAACAAGACAUCGGCAGAGUGGCAAACAAUAUGUGAUAGGCUGGGUUCUGAACUGGAGACAAACCCCACUUUAGAGGGAAUGAGACGGAUACUUGCUCUCAGCUACAAUGAUCUGCCGUACCAUCUGAAAGCAUGUUUCUUAUACCUGUGUGCUUUCCCUGAGGAUUUUAAGAUCAGAAGAGGCUCUCUGAUUAGAAGGUGGGCAGCUGAAGGCUUAAUCAUUGGAAUGUAUGACCGCAGUUUGGAAGAGAUUGCUCAGAUUUGUUUGGAUGAGUUUGUCAGUAGAAACAUUGUCAUCCCUGAACAGAUUGGCUCCAGUGGCAAGAUUAAGAGUUUUAAAGUCCAUGACAUAAUGCUAGAAGUUAUCAUUGCCAAAUCUGUCAAGGAAAAUUUCAUUUCGUUCCUAGGUAGCAGUCAAUACAAUACAACAGCAGGCCAUGACAAGGUACGACGGCUCUCCAUCCAUCCUGGUGGAACCAAUGAGAAGAGAACCUUUUGCAGUAAGAACAUAGUCCAUACCCGUUCACUGUCAAUUCUGGACAGCACUGCGAAACCUGUACCUAUCAAAAUUUCUGAUUUGACACUUUUAAGGGUUUUGGAUCUUGAAGGAUGUGCAUGGUUAAGAAAUAAAGAUCUCAAGGAGAUUUGCAAACUGUCUUUGCUGAGAUACCUAAGCCUCAGAAACACAACCAUAUCCCAACUACCAAAUGCAAUAGGGAAACUUAAAGAAUUGGUGACAUUGGAUGUAAGGGAAACUUCUGUCGCCAAAUUUCCCAAAGGCAUUACUCGGCUCCAGAAUCUGAAUCAUCUACUUGUAGGCCGUUAUGCAUAUUACACAAGGACAAAAAGUGUCAAGCAUUUUGUGUGGAAUGAUGGAGCAAAGGUACCACUUGGAUUAGGGAAUAUGGGCGCCCUCCAGAGAAUCUCUCAUGUAGACAUCUCUACAAAGAAAAGCUCCAAUGCAAUGCGUGAGCUGGGAAAAUUGCGUCAGUUAACAAGACUUUGUGUAAUCAACAGGAAGGAAGCAAAGCUUUGGAAACCAUUUGCUGAGUCUUUGGAUGAGCUUAGCAACUCUCUACGCUAUCUAAUGGUUGUGGACGGUUCAGAGCAAGUCAAGAAGCUGAAAUUUUUAGCAGGCCUGAAGAAUCCCCCUCUGUUGCUGGAGAGCCUGCAUUUGGUGGGACGGCUAAGGGAGCUGCCUAGCUGGGUUUCAUCACUCAAUAACUUGGCCAGUCUGUCGCUUCGAGAGACUCACCACUUGGCUGAGGAAUCUUUUGAGGUUCUAGCGAAGCUCCCCAGUCUUGUUUCUCUCAAGCUAUACUGCAAGGGAUAUAAGGGGAGAGCCUUAUUUAAAGAGGGCUGGUUUCCCCAGCUGAAGCAAUUGGUUGUGGAUAAUCUGGAACAGCUCGAGGAGCUCAGCUUCCAUGGGGGCGCAUCUAAACUUGAGAGGCUGACAUUGUAUUUCCCGAGUGUGCCCCGUGGAGGCGUUAAUGGCAUUGGAAAAGAAAAGCUGCCUCAGCUAAGAGAAGUUGAGUUCUUCGGUGUCGUUAUAGAGUCUAUAUUUGAGCAGGUGGUUGAGGCGGCCAAAGAAUAUCCAAAUCAUCUUAAAGUUACCAGGGAGGAUCGACCUACUACGGAAGCUGCAGAAACAAGUUCAGGGGCGGGGAGCAGUGAGCAGGAGUCAACCGACCAGCAGGUGGAUAGGCUUGCAUGGCGUCUGCUGCCUUCAACGUGUCCUCUCGCUUAUAUACUGAAUGUGUAAUGACUGCAUCCUCCGUAUUUUCUGAACUUAGGUUGAACUAUCGAUUGUUGCGCCAGGUUUUUCGUCCCAUAGGUUGUAUUAUUAUUACAAGUGGUAGUACAACUAGUGGGUUUUCCUGGCGUGCAUCCAAUU